CCUUAGAGUUUUUCAUGCUCUAACUACUACAUCCACUGAUCUGUCUAGUUUCUCUGAUUUAAUCUUGGAUGUUCGUUGUCUUUUAUUUUUUUUUCUUGAAGCACGUAACUCUUAUGUUAGGAGAAACGCUAACCAUGCUGUAUAUGAUUUGGCUAAACAUGCUUUAGAGUUGGAUCAAGAUGUUUGUUUGCUAGGUGAUACUAAAUUAUUGUUGAUUUAUAAUAAUAGUGAUAUUUUUUUUAAAAAAUAAAAUAAAAUUAUAGAGUAUAGUAUUGUGAAGGCUUAAUUCUGACGCUAGUGUGUGAAAUGCAUCAGAUUCCACCAAUUUUAUUUGAAUUUUGAUUUGAUAUUGAUAGGGUUUCAUUUCAUUUCCUUUGCCUAAAAUAAAACUCUUCAUCGCGUAAAAAUAAAGCAAAUCCCUAUAUAAAUAUUAUUAUUAUAUAUAUAAACCCCUCUUUCCCUUAAUUCUCUUCUCCUCUCUAAAACCCCCCAUUUCACUCUCUCGCAACUCUCUCUCUCUCUCUCUCUGCGUCGAUUCAAGAACAUUUUCCAUGGCUUUGCCGAACCAGCAGACUGUUGACUACCCCAGUUUCAAGCUCGUUAUCGUGGGCGAUGGUGGAACUGGAAAAACCACUUUUGUCAAGAGACAUCUCACAGGGGAGUUCGAGAAGAAGUAUGAACCCACCAUCGGUGUAGAGGUUCACCCGUUGGACUUUUUCACAAACUGUGGUAAAAUCCGUUUCUACUGCUGGGACACUGCUGGUCAGGAGAAGUUUGGUGGUCUUAGAGAUGGUUACUACAUUCAUGGACAGUGUGCCAUUAUCAUGUUUGAUGUUACAGCACGCUUGACAUACAAGAAUGUACCUACAUGGCACAGAGAUCUUUGCCGUGUGUGCGAGAACAUUCCCAUUGUUCUCUGUGGAAACAAGGUGGAUGUGAAGAACAGGCAGGUUAAGGCCAAGCAGGUCACCUUCCACAGGAAGAAGAACUUGCAAUACUAUGAGAUAUCUGCAAAGAGUAACUACAAUUUUGAGAAGCCUUUCUUGUACCUUGCCAGGAAGCUUGCUGGGAACACUGAUAUUCACUUUGUUGAGUCUCCUGCCCUUGCUCCUCCUGAAGUACACAUUGACUUGGCAGCUCAACAAAUUCAUGAAGCCGAGCUUGCCCAAGCUGCUAAUCAGCCUCUCCCUGAUGACGACGAUGAUACAUUCGAGUAAAAAGGAAGAGCUAGUACUUGCUGGAGAAGCUUGCAUUCAAGCUUUCGUUCUUUUUUUCUUCUUUUUUUUUUGGUGAACCCUUGGGUUUUCUGAUGAUUGUGUUGGUUAGGAAAUUCACUCAUAUUUGGCUGGAUUUUAUCUAUAGUAGGAUGCUCUUUUAUUUUAAGUAAUAUCUCAUAUGGCAAUCUCACUGGAGGAGUUCAGUUGUGCUGUUUUCGUAUUGGGUUAAUUGUGUAAAACUUUGCUCAUUCGGAUGAUUAAUGGCUUUCCUCAUCAGAUUUUAAUGCGAAAAUAGUUACUUUUUGAACUGCA